UAAGCAACGUGAGUUCGUGUUGGACCUCAAAACCGCCAUUGGCAGUUAAAUACCGGUUUGUUGCCGAUUCACUUGAAGGACCGGGUGGUUCGAAGAGCCUUUGCUCCACUUUACACUAACUUUUGGUUUGGGAAAACAAACUCUACCAGAAGCGAAGAAGGUAAGUUUUCAAAAAUUGAGUUAAUUUUUAUUUUUCAUAUGAAGCUAAAUCCCUUACUUGUUUCCUUCAUCAACCCUAAUUCCUAAAUCGUUUCCUUCAUUCCAAUCCCUAAUCCCUAUAUCUCCGACGAACCUUCUCAUUCUCCGGCCACUGACGAACCUUCUAUUUCUUUCUCUCGUUGAGCAGAGUUUGUUGUUUUCAUCUCAGGUUCGUUGUUCUCUCUUUGAGCAGAGCUCACUGUUUUCACUUCAUCUGAUACUAUUGAAGCGGUUACUGUGAAUCUCUUUGAUGCUUACUUAAAAUGUAGGAUAGUAAAAGUAGGGUUUGUUGCAAAAUGAACCCUUCUAUUUGAUGUUGCUUGAGUGAAAGAAGGGUUGAUCCCGUCAACGGAAGCAACACAGUGUUAAACCCCACAACAACAAUGACAACAAACAAGAAGAAGAAAGCCAACCAAACCCCAGAGAACAAGUUCCAAUUCGAGCUCAAUUCAUGUUCCAAAUCAAAGGACUUCCGCGGCGCAAUUUCUCUAUAUGACGAUGCUGUUUCAAAUAAAACUCGUCUCAACCAACAUCACCUCAAUGCACUCCUCUACCUCUGUUCCAACGCCGUCACAAACCCUUCCCUUAAACACCUUGCCUUAGAUUACGGCUCUCGCAUAUUCGACCAUAUGUCCACCCUAAACAUCACUCCUAAUGAAGCCACUGUUGCCACCGUCGCUAGACUCGCCGCCGCUAACGGUGAUGGUAACCGUGCAUUUGAAUUGGUAAAAGACAUUGGUAAGUACAAUGUUGCCCCUAGGUUAAGGACUUAUGAUCCUGCAUUGUUCUGCUUCUGUGAAAUUCUUGAUGCUGAUAAAGCCUACGAGGUUGAGGACCAUAUGAAUAGUGUUGGGGUUAGUUUGGAGGAAGCGGAAAUUGCAACGCUUUUGAAGGUUAGUGCUAAGAAGGGUAGAGCUGAUAGGGUUUAUAGGUAUCUUCACAAGCUAAGGAGCGGGGUGAGGUGUGUAGAGGAAUCAACGGCGGCAAUUAUUGAGGAGUGGUUUCAGAGCAGUGAGGCUCGUGAGGUUGGUGAGGGGGUUUUGGAUGUGAGGAGGGUUAGAGAGGGGCUUUUGAAGACUGGAGGAGGGUGGCAUGGUUUGGGAUGGGUUGGAAAAGGGGAUUGGGUUGUGUCUAGGACAAGUGUUGAUGGUGAUGGGAUUUGUUGUGGAUGUUGUGAGCAAUUGGUUUGUGUGGAUAUUGAUGAUGAGGAGAUGGAGAGAUUUGCAUUCUCUAUUGCUGCAUUAGCAGUGGAGCGUGAGGUCACGGCAAAUUUUAGUGAAUUUCAGGGCUGGCUUGAGAAACAUGACUGUUAUGAAGCCAUAGUAGAUGGUGCAAAUAUUGGACUCUACCAGCAAAAUUUUGCUGACGGCGGAUUUAGUAUUUAUCAGCUUGAUGAUGUUGUGAAAGAAUUGUACAAUCGAAAUGGGAAAAGAUGGCCACUGGUUAUCCUACACAACAAGCGUGUGAGAGGGCUGAUGGAAAAUCCUUCCAGCAGAAUAUUGGUAGAGGAAUGGAUGAAAAAUGGUGUACUAUAUACAACUCCAAAUGGAUCCAAUGAUGAUUGGUAUUGGCUGUAUGCUGCCGUAAAACUGAGGUGCUUGCUUGUGACAAAUGAUGAAAUGCGAGAUCACAUAUUUGAACUCAUAGGAAGCAACUUUUUUAACCAGUGGAAAGAAAGACAUCAAGUUCACUACACUUUUGUUAAGGGGAACUUGAAACUUCAGAUGCCACCAUCAUAUUCAUUGGUUAUCCAGGAAUCAGAAAAAGGAUCAUGGCAUGUGCCUUUGGCACUGGGCACUAGCAACGAGUCUUCGAGACCUUGGCUCUGCAUUACACGGAAAAGUGCUGCUGCUGCUGCUGCUGAUGAUGAUGUUGCUACUGUUUCUAACAGUGUGGAUACUUCUGGAAAUAGUCAUCUGGACCAGCCACAGAAAUUAGCAGACAUUGUUCUUAGCUUAGAUUCCCAAGUCAUUGAGAAUAACAGUACUUCCAUCACUGGUAAAAGAAAAGAGAGGUCUGAACCUUCAUGAUAAAUUUUUCUACUGGCCUGAUCUUUCACCUUUAAACGGCUAUAAAGAUGAUGGUUCAUAAGGUGAACAGACGCUGCCUGUCUAAUGAUUAUUGAGCUUUUUACACUUUCCAUGGUUUUAAACCAAUUGAAACAAAGGCUUAUUUAUCAUUUGGUAUAAUUUUUUGUAGGAUCUUACGACGAUAUUUAAUUCAUGCUGUCCACCAUAUCUUAUCUGGAAAAUGGCAUUCGUAGGUUUUUAAAAACCGAAGCCUAUUUCAGUUGUUGUGUACUUGGAAUAAUGUUGGUAGUUUUGUUCUUUUGAUUGAAAUAUAUUUAUUGCAUUACCUUGUGAAUAAUCAUUACAAGGCAACGAGGAAUAGAAUGAAAAUCUUUAGAGCAAAGAACAUGAUGUGGUUAUCCUUGUAAGUUGUAAGAGUGUGACAACCUGAUUGACUUAUCUUUUUUACUAAUAAAACUGUGGUGUUGAUAAAACUGA